GAUCAACAAAACGUAAAAAAAACAUGGCUACCGUUCCUACGAGCAGUUCGCAACGUGUGAAAGUGUUUGUAAGGGCUAGACCGACUCCUUACUUUGCCUCAGAGUUUAUCACCAUACGAGACAAGGUCAUAUCAAUUCAAUUGCCUGUCAGUCCAAGGAGAAUAAAUCAACAAGCUAGAGAAUGGAACUUCCUUGUUGAUGGGAUUCUUAGCAAUAGCUCACAAGAAGAGGUCUAUGCAGCAUGUGCUCAUGAUGUUGUAUCUGGUGUCAUGAACGGAGUCAAUGGAACCAUAUUUGCGUAUGGACAGACUGGAGCUGGCAAAACAUACACAAUGUCAGGAGAGCCCCAGUAUAGGCUUAGAGGCAUCAUCCCUAGGGCACUCUCUCAGAUAUACAAUACAGUCCGUGAGAGAGAUGAUUGUACUACAAUAGUUAGGAUAUCUUGCCUGGAGAUAUACAAUGAAACUCUCACUGAUCUUUUAGGGGAACUACCAAAGUCUGAUCAAGGAAGCCUAUCAUUGAGUGAGAAUGAAAAAGGAACUAGUAGUGUUAAGGGGCUGAGCGUUAGAGUAGCAGAUAACGAAGAAGAAGCACUGAACAUGUUCUUUGAGGCUGAGAAGAAUCGUUUGGUUGGUGAGCACGCAUUAAACAAGCAGUGCUCUCGUUCUCACAUUAUAUUUACAAUCAAUGUUGAAUGCCAUUCAGCUGUUAGUGCAAGCUCAGAGUACACCAUAUCAAAACUUCACUUGGUUGAUUUGGCUGGUUCAGAACGACUUGGAAUUGCUGAUCAUAGUGGGACUAUAGUGACAGAAACCAUUUACAUCAAUAAAUCAUUGUCCUUUCUAGAGCAGGUUGUAAUGGCAUUAACUGAGAAAAGAAGGGCACAUGUUCCUUAUAGACAUUGCAAGCUGACUCAACUCCUCAAAGGCUCCAUUGGAGGAAACUGCAAUAGCGUGAUGAUUGCAAACAUAUGGGGAGAAAGAGAGCAUCUAGAAAAUACAUUGGGAACACUAAGAUUUUCUGAAAGGAUAAUGUGUGUUUGUGCCGAUCCCCAGAGAAACAUUCACUACAAUCCAGUGGGCCUAAUUCAAAAAUAUGAGAGAGACAUCAAAGCUCUGAAAGAAGAAAUGGCAAUGCAAGAGCUCCUACAUGGGAAACAAAGCAGCAAGACAUCAGUCACAGCUCACCUGACAGAAGGACAAGUGGCAAAUAUUAAAGAUGGAGUCAAAAAUUACAUUGCUGGAACUACAAAUACUUUAGAAUUUAACAGCAUACGAGAGAUAAAAGAAACCUUUUCCCAGUUUAAAGAAUAUAUAAACACUAUGAAGAAAGAUUAUCAAGAGGAACUGAGUAAACUACAGGAGCAAUUAAGUAAAGUAGAUGCAUCCUUAAGUGGGCCUAUUGAAGAAAAGCCAGUCAAACCUACUAAAGGAGGAAAAUUUAAUCUACGCAAAAAUACGGGGGCAGCAAGUCCAACUACUGCAGAGACUGAGGCUGAAGAUUACAGUGACAAGAAACAAGAAGUUGGUGUGAGUGAUGGUCAAGGUUAUGGGAUAGGACAGGCACCAGGGGAUGUUGCUAACACCAAACUGGGAAAGAAACGGAUUUCAUUCUUACCAAAGCUGGCCAUCUCUGCUGAUCAAAAAAAGAAAUUUGGCAAAGGUCAGAAUUUGUCAUCGGAUGCACAAGAGUUUUGCAUUGAUGAAGACACCAGUGGUCAGCCUUACUCACCGCCCUCACGUGUAGAAGCAUUUGAACUGUUUAAAAAAGGCAGAGGAAAAGAAAUAAAUAGAAUUUUCCUGCAAAACAAAGACUUGUUGCAAAGAAAAAGAAAGGCUGCUUAUGAUGUCAGUUGUAAACUGAACCAAUUAAAGCAAAAGAUUGAUAAGCUACGAAGGAAACUAGUAGAUAAGAAGAAAGGUCAAAUGGUGACAGCAACAACCAGUGAUGGAAGACAAAUCUUAGACAGUGAAGAAUACAAUUAUCUCAAAGAGUUGCAAGAGGCUAAAAGAGAAUACAAGAGUCAGUAUGCAAUAUUGGAGGGACUAAAGCUUGACAUCCCUUAUUGUGAUCAAUACACACAGCAAAGCAGACAAAAACUAGCAGAUGAGUUUGAUACAUGGUACAAGCUAGCAUUCAUUGGUGAUAAGCCUUCUCAGGCGUCUGGUGAAGAAACCAGUGCUACUAGCAGUCCCAUUGAGCCACCUGAAACUAGCCGUUUUAAAGAUCUACAGAGCAUGGCAUUACUACAAGGCGACCCAUCUACAAUGGCCUUUUAUUAUGCACAAUUAAGGACAGGGAAAAGAGUAAGAAUAAAAACGUAUAUUUGGAAUGUUCUUUAUUCUUUGUUUAUUCAUAGAGCAUCACUGAGAGAAGGGCUACUAUCAGGAAAAAAACUAGCAUGAUAUUAAGCCAUUAGCGCCGCUCCUUUCUUCUUUGCCUUCAAUGCUACACCAGCACCAGCAAACCCAGUCCCACCCUGUAAUAUAACAAAUAAUAAUAAUAAUAGUAAUAACAAUAAUAGAACAAUUGUAGUAUUUCAAUUUAUCACUGACAUUAACCUCUACUCUCUCUAUAAUUAUUAUUAUGUAUAAUCUCUUUACCCUAA